UUCCUAUUGGCGCUUCAGCAUUCUACACCGAUGCGUAAAUGGAGACUCCUUAUAACUUGAACUUUCAUCAGCACCCGAUCUGAAGGCAAGACACAUUUGGAUGAUCUGUUGCUGAAUGUUGCACAUCAGAAAGAGAAGCACAAAAGUGGGAAAGCAAAUAUAUUUUAAAAGGGGUUUUGAAAGGAUCGGAGCAUUGAAACAAAGGGGAGCAGUCGCCGUUACAAGCGAACAUGGGAGUUGGGGAUGGACGGGACCAGUAUGAGCUGGCAGCAAUGUCGGAACAAAGUGGGAAGAAAAAGAGCAAAAACAAGAAGGAGAAGAAAGAGAAAGAUAUGGAUGAGCUGAAAAAGGAAGUGGAUUUGGAUGAUCACAAACUGUCUUUGGAAGAGCUCCACCAUAAAUAUGGAACGGAUUUGAGCAAAGGUCUUUCAAAUUCUCGCGCAGAAGAGAUCCUAGCCCGUGAUGGACGUAAUGCCCUCACUCCACCACCAACCACUCCAGAGUGGGUCAAGUUCUGCAAGCAGAUGUUUGGAGGUUUCUCCAUGCUGUUGUGGACCGGUGCUGUUCUCUGCUUUCUUGCAUAUGGCAUUCUGGCAGCAAUGGAAGAUGAGCCAGCCAAUGACAAUCUGUAUUUGGGAGUUGUGCUGUCUGCUGUGGUCAUCAUCACUGGCUGUUUCUCAUACUAUCAAGAUGCCAAGAGCUCUAAGAUUAUGGACUCUUUCAAGAAUUUGGUUCCACAGCAAGCUCUGGUUGUCCGUGAUGGUGAGAAGAAGCAGAUUAAUGCAGAAGAAGUGGUGAUCGGUGAUCUGGUGGAGGUGAAAGGCGGUGACAGAAUCCCUGCUGACCUGAGAAUCAUAUCAUCACAUGGGUGCAAGGUGGAUAACUCCUCUCUGACUGGAGAAUCAGAGCCUCAGACACGGUCUCCAGAUUUCUCAAAUGAUAAUCCUCUUGAGACCAAGAAUAUUGCUUUCUUCUCCACAAACUGUGUUGAAGGUACUGCACGUGGCAUUGUCAUCAGCACUGGAGACCGUACUGUAAUGGGCCGUAUCGCCACCCUUGCAUCUGGUCUGGAAGUUGGGCGCACCCCCAUCUCCAUUGAAAUUGAGCAUUUCAUCCACAUCAUCACAGGCGUGGCAGUCUUCCUGGGUGUCUCUUUCUUCAUCUUGUCACUUGUUCUUGGUUAUUCCUGGUUGGAAGCUGUUAUCUUUCUUAUUGGGAUCAUUGUGGCCAAUGUGCCCGAAGGUCUUCUUGCUACAGUCACAGUUUGUCUCACCCUUACAGCUAAGCGUAUGGCUAAGAAGAACUGUUUGGUUAAGAACCUUGAGGCGGUUGAAACACUGGGCUCAACCUCAACCAUCUGUUCUGAUAAAACUGGCACCUUAACGCAGAAUCGCAUGACCGUAGCCCACAUGUGGUUUGAUAACCAGAUCCAUGAGGCUGACACCACAGAAAAUCAGAGUGGGACUUCCUUUGACCGUAGUUCGGACACCUGGGCGUCUUUGGCACGCAUUGCUGGGCUCUGCAACAGGGCUGUGUUCCUGGCAGAGCAAAUUGAUGUGCCUAUUCUGAAGAGAGAUGUUGCUGGGGAUGCAUCUGAGUCUGCUCUGCUGAAAUGCAUUGAGCUCUGCUGUGGAUCAGUAAAAGAAAUGAGAGAAAAGUUCACCAAAGUGGCUGAAAUCCCUUUUAACUCUACUAACAAAUACCAGCUGUCAGUGCACAAGAUUCCAAGUGGUGGCAAAGAGUCUCAGCAUCUGCUGGUGAUGAAAGGAGCUCCAGAGAGAAUCCUGGACCGCUGUGCUACCAUAAUGAUCCAAGGGAAGGAACAACUAUUAGAUGAUGAAAUUAAAGAAUCCUUUCAGAAUGCUUAUCUGGAGCUUGGGGGACUUGGAGAGAGAGUAUUGGGUUUCUGCCAUUUCUACCUUCCGGAUGAGCAGUUUCCAGAAGGCUUCCAGUUUGAUGCUGAUGAUGUGAAUUUCCCCACUGAGAAUCUGUGCUUUGUUGGUCUUAUGUCAAUGAUUGAUCCCCCUCGUGCUGCUGUACCUGAUGCGGUUGGCAAAUGCAGAAGUGCAGGGAUCAAGGUUAUCAUGGUCACUGGUGACCAUCCAAUCACUGCCAAAGCCAUAGCAAAGGGUGUUGGGAUUAUCUCUGAGGGCAAUGAGACUGUGGAAGACAUUGCUGCUCGCUUGAAUAUCCCAGUCAAUGAGGUCAACCCCAGAGAUGCAAAGGCAUGUGUGGUCCAUGGUGGAGACCUGAAGGACCUCUCCUGUGAACAGCUAGAUGAUAUUCUGAAAUACCACACAGAGAUUGUAUUUGCAAGAACAUCACCACAACAGAAACUGAUCAUCGUGGAGGGGUGUCAGCGAACGGGAGCCAUUGUGGCUGUAACUGGUGAUGGUGUGAAUGAUUCUCCAGCAUUGAAGAAGGCUGAUAUUGGUGUUGCUAUGGGCAUUGCUGGCUCAGAUGUAUCAAAACAGGCUGCUGACAUGAUCCUGUUAGAUGACAACUUUGCCUCAAUUGUCACAGGCGUAGAGGAAGGCCGUCUGAUCUUUGACAACUUAAAGAAGUCCAUUGCUUACACCCUGACAAGUAACAUCCCUGAGAUCACACCCUUCCUUUUCUUCAUUAUCGCCAACAUCCCUCUGCCUCUAGGAACUGUUACCAUAUUGUGUAUUGACCUGGGAACAGACAUGCUCCCUGCCAUUUCCCUGGCAUAUGAGGCUGCUGAGAGUGAUAUCAUGAAGAGACAGCCCAGAAACCCGAAAACAGACAAAUUAGUGAAUGAAAGACUUAUUAGCAUUGCGUAUGGACAAAUAGGUAUGAUUCAGGCUCUGGCUGGAUUUUUCACAUACUUUGUUAUCCUUGCCGAAAACGGCUUUUUACCGCCAAGGCUGCUAGGAAUUCGCAUGAAUUGGGACGACAAGUAUAUUAAUGACCUGGAAGACAGUUAUGGACAACAGUGGACAUACGAACAGAGAAAGAUUGUGGAGUUCACUUGCCACACUGCAUUCUUCACCAGCAUUGUGAUCGUGCAGUGGGCCGAUUUGAUUAUCUGCAAGACCAGGCGAAACUCUGUCUUCCAGCAGGGAAUGAAGAACAAAAUCCUGAUCUUUGGAUUGUUUGAAGAAACAGCAUUGGCUGCUUUCUUGUCCUACUGCCCUGGCAUGGAUGUGGCCCUCAGAAUGUAUCCACUCAAGCCCAAUUGGUGGUUCUGUGCCUUCCCCUACUCUCUUCUCAUUUUUAUUUAUGAUGAAAUCAGAAAGCUCAUCCUUAGACGUAACCCUGGAGGUUGGAUGGAGAGAGAGACAUACUACUAGGCCAUCGGGUCAACAUGCCACCUGUGUGUUGUUUUUGUGGCAUUAAAGUUACAGAUUUAACCACUGUAAAUUCUAAAAUAUUUUAAAUAGAACAAGUGUAGAAAUGAGAUCCUACUGGUACUACAUUCCAUUCUAAAGAUAGACUUGGAAAAAAUUUAAACAAGGGAAAAGAUUUUAAAGGUGGACUCAGUAAUUUUUUCCUCAUUAAAAUGUUUAACUCCUAAAGACAUGAAUUGUAAUUUUGCUAUAUAUUUAGGAAAUCAUGACCACUCACAUUAAAAUGAAGAAUCCAGUCAUAUCAGUAACCUUAUAAAAGCUGUUUUAUUCAACAUGGUGAGGGUCCGCACAUGUUAGAAUCACAUGACCUGCCGGAUACUACUUGCUUAAUCUCAGUAACCAUCCUGUUAUAGAUUACAGUAAUCAUAGCUGACCGUGAAUACUACAUUUCUACAAUGGCAUCUGAAACUGAAAACAAUUGAUUUUAAAUGAUGUGCAUCCAAGCUGCUAGGUGUCAGUUUAAGUCCAAGAUGACACAAAGAAAAAUGUUACUGAGUGCACCUUUAAUUGUUUUAUGUGAAUAAACUAUAGAUAUGCUGUUAUUGAAUAAAUACCUGCCUUGUAGGCCACAAUACACUUUUUACAUAUUUGUGCUUGUAUGUUAUUUAAUAAUAUUGAAAAUGGUACACACAGAAAUACCAGUUAACAGGUUCUCAACUUAGAAAGUAUGUCAGUGAUAAUGGGCAGUUUUUGUGCAGAGAUUGUCAGGGAUGUUGUUGCAGGUUUGUAUUGUGUAAUCUAGUGAAAUUCAUAGUAUUGAAUUUAUACUCAGAAACAAAGAGAAUAGGCCUGUGCGUUGUAAGUUGUAAACAGGCAAAAUAAUCAUUUACCUGCAUAGACAGGGAAAUUGAAGGUACUCCAUUGUUAAAAUAUCUAAGUAAUUCCUCUCUUAUAUUGUUCAUGCUGGAGAGUGUUUUUGCAUUUUAAAUGCACCAUGAAUGGCUCUUUUAGGAUGUCUAACUGCCUAGUAACUUAGAAGAAAAGAAAUCAUGUUGGCAUGGAUACAACCCAGUAGCCCUAAACUAUUUCAUUCAGAAUUUAAGGCACAGAUUUUAUUUUCUCUCAUUCUUUCAUUCAUUUAGAGUCCCCUGGAAUGUUAAGCCAUUCACUUCCUUUGUUUAUCUACUUUACAUGCAUGCAGUCACUCCAGAAGAUUUGGCAUUACACACACACAGAAGUUUGUUUCACUAUAUUAGUGAGGGUUUUUUCAUAGACUUCCAUCGUUUUCAUACCAGGGUAAUGGUAUUUUCUAGCCCCUUAUCCCUUCAACUAACCCUCAAACAAACAUGUGCACAUCAGUAGAUUUAGAGCUAAAAAUGAUUUGGCCAAUUUGUGAGUGUAUGUCCUCACUAGUCGGAUUUUAGCAUGUAUUUUUUAUACACACAUGUAACACUGUUAAGGAUGGGCAAGGAGGAGGCGAGAACCGGCUUGUCAACAUAAAUCAUAAUUUAAUGCAAACUUAAUGUUUUCCUAUAUUUUGUGGUGUUAGUCACCACAUUAAAUAUUACAAUUUCAAUAUAUAUGUUAACAGAAAUUAAAUCAUAGAUAUUAGUUUACAUAUAUGUUUCCUAGAUAUCAAUCACAGACCAUGUAGUGGCUGAAAGUCCACCCUGAUGCUGCCCAUUUAACUGAAUGGACAUCUGAAUUAUUUUAGUAAUUUAGCUUGACCAGUAUGACAAAUACAAUAUUUAACAUGUCCCUGUAAUGAGGAAACGUGAAGAAACUUGUAAUAGUAUGUUUUAUUUUUCAAAAGUUCCUAAGCUGGAAUGUCACCGAAUUGUAGGAAUGACGCAUUUACAAUAUGUAUACAGAGUUGCAGUUGCACCUCUCUCAAUUCGCAAUAUUCCUGAGUCCCAUGACUCUUUGCGGGUGAUGUGGGAGGAACUUCCUGCAAAAGCGUAAGCAAUCAUUAUGUUAUGUACUAAUGCAGCAUUAAAAAUGACAGAAACUUGAGAACAAAUGAUCACAGAAUUAUAGUGAGGCAAUAUUGUUCUUCCCCACUUAUCUGUUAACGAUUAUGGGUUUGAGGAUGAUGGCCAAAUAUUGCAAAUAGAAGCAUUAGUUAUUGUGCUGAGUCUAUCCAUUGAUGGAAGAACCUGAGCAGACUAACCUGAAAAGAUACAGCCAAUUAGCACCUUUACAGCUCUAAAGUUGGACAUGUUUUCAGAACUGUAGAUAAUUAUGUUUAUUUUAAAGCAUAUAUUGAGUCUAGUCAGUACCUGAAGAGUUUGUUGUACCGAAAUUAUGUACUUACUGCAGAUACAGAUGAGGUCCAGACAGCAGGAUGCUCGUGUAUUGCAAGACUCAGGUGAUGAUACUGUCAUGCUGCCUUUUUUGGAUAAAAUAAAAUAAUUUUAUGGGAGAUGAAUGUGUAGUAAACUCAAUCUAUCUAAAUAAUUGCUAGUUUACAUACAUAAUCUCCAUAUCUAAAUGCUAUAACUUACACAAAAUAUUUUAUUGUUGACUGAACAGCUGAUCCUGUUGAUAGAUUUAAUUAAUUGUUCUAGUGUAGGAAAUAACUAUGUAUUAGCAGCCA